CCCGCGGCAGGGGGCGGGGUGGCGCCUCCUCCUCGGCUCUGGUUCCAGCCGAGCCUCUCGGACGCAGAGAUGGAAAUCCCAAAGCUGCUCCCGGCUCGCGGGACACUACAGGGCGGCGCCGGCGGUAUCCCCGCGGGUGGCGGCCGGGUCCACCGAGGCCCUGACCCGCCGGCUGGCCAGGUCCCCACGCGCCGCCUCCUGCUGCUCCGGGGCCCCCAAGAUGGCGGGCCCGGGCGGCGGCGCGAGGAGGCCCGCAGGGCUUCACCGAGCCCUGGCCCAAGCCUGUUGGCGCCGAGGCCCCAUCAACGUAGCGGCGGCGGCGGCGGCGGCGGCGACGACUUCUUCCUGGUGCUGCUUGACCCGGUGGGUGGCGACGUGGAGACCGCGGGCUCCGGUCAGGCCGCAGGGCCUGUGUUGAGGGAGGAGGCCGAGGAGGGCCCGGGGCUCCAGGGGGGCGAGAGCGGCGCGAAUCCCGCGGGGCCCACUGCGCUAGGCCCCCGCUGCCUGUCCGCAGUUCCCACUCCGGCCCCGAUCUCUGCCCCCAGCCCCGCCGCGGCCUUCGCGGGCACAGUCACUAUCCACAACCAGGACCUGCUGUUGCGCUUUGAGAACGGCGUCCUCACCCUGGCCACGCCCCCACCACACGCCUGGGAGCCAGGGGCCGCUCCUGCCCAGCAGCCCGGGUGUCUGAUCGCCCCGCAAGCUGGGCUCCCGCAUGCCGCGCACCCGGGUGACUGCCCAGAGCUGCCGCCAGACCUCCUGCUAGCCGAGCCGGCCGAACCCGCGCCAGCUCCGGCGCCUGAGGAGGAGGCGGAGGGCCCGGCCGCCGCCCUGGGUCCCCGCGGACUGCUGGGCUCUGGUCCAGGCGUGGUGCUGUACCUGUGCCCCGAGGCGCUGUGCGGGCAAACCUUCGCCAAGAAGCACCAGCUGAAGGUGCACCUGCUGACUCACAGCAGCAGCCAGGGCCAGAGGCCCUUCAAAUGCCCCCUGGGUGGCUGCGGCUGGACCUUCACCACCUCUUACAAGCUCAAGAGGCACCUGCAGUCGCACGAUAAACUGCGGCCCUUCGGCUGCCCUGCGGAGGGUUGUGGCAAGAGCUUCACCACCGUGUACAACCUCAAGGCGCACAUGAAGGGCCAUGAGCAGGAGAACUCGUUCAAAUGUGAGGUGUGCGAGGAGAGCUUCCCCACGCAGGCCAAACUCGGCGCCCACCAGCGCAGCCACUUCGAACCCGAGAGGCCUUACCAGUGCGCGUUUUCUGGCUGCAAGAAGACAUUUAUCACAGUGAGUGCUCUGUUUUCCCAUAACCGCGCCCAUUUCAGGGAACAGGAACUGUUUUCCUGCUCUUUCCCUGGCUGCAGCAAGCAAUAUGACAAGGCUUGUAGGCUGAAAAUUCACCUGCGGAGUCACACCGGCGAGAGACCUUUCCUUUGUGACUUUGAUGGCUGUGGCUGGAACUUCACCAGCAUGUCCAAACUCUUAAGGCACAAAAGGAAGCACGACGAUGACCGGAGGUUCAUGUGCCCUGUGGAAGGCUGUGGGAAAUCUUUCACGAGGGCCGAACAUCUGAAAGGCCACAGCAUUACCCACCUGGGCACAAAGCCUUUCGUGUGUCCUGUGGAAGGCUGCUGUGCCAGGUUCUCUGCUCGCAGUAGCCUCUACAUUCACUCCAAGAAACACCUGCAGGAUGUGGACACUUGGAAAAGCCGUUGCCCGAUCUCCACUUGUAAUAAACUCUUCACAUCCAAGCACAGCAUGAAGACGCACAUGGCCAAAAGGCACAAGGUGGGCCAGGAUCUCUUAGCUCAGCUAGAAGCAGCAAAUUCUCUUACACCCAGCAGUGAACUUACCAGCCAGAGACAGAAUGAUCUCAGUGAUGCAGAGAUAGUGUCUCUCUUCUCUGAUGUACCUGACAGUACUUCUGCUGCAUUGCUGGACACAGCAUUGGUGAACUCUGGAAUCUUGACUAUUGAUGUGGCUUCUGUGAGCUCGACUCUGGCAGGGCACCUCCCUGCUAAUAAUAAUUCCGUAGGGCAGGCUGUGGAUCCUCCGUCCUUGAUGGCCACCAGCGACCCUCCUCAAAGCCUGGAUACCUCUCUCUUUUUCGGAACGGCGGCCACUGGUUUUCAGCAGAGCUCCUUAAAUAUGGAUGAGGUCUCAAGUGUAAGUGUGGGGCCAUUGGGAUCUCUGGACUCUUUGGCCAUGAAAAACUCCAGUCCAGAGCCCCAAGCUUUGACACCCAGCAGUAAGCUAACAGUGGACACAGAUGCUCUGACUCCUUCGAGCACCCUUUGUGAAAACAGUGUCUCAGAACUACUGACACCAGCCAAAGCGGAGUGGAGCGUACAUCCUAACUCUGACUUCUUUGGACAGGAGGGAGAAACCCAGUUUGGAUUCCCCAAUGCAGCAGGAAACCAUGGUUCUCAGAAAGAAAGAAAUCUUAUCACUGUGACUGGCAGCUCAUUUUUGGCUCAUAAGUGAAAGGAGAUGAGUCUCAGAUGAGACUUUGGACUUGGACCUGGAACAUUUAAGUUAAUGCUAGAAUGAGCUAAGACUUUGGGGAACUAUUUGGAAGGCAUGAUUGUAUUUUUCAAUGGGAGAGAAACAUGAUAUUUGAGGGGCCAGGGGCAGAGUAAUAUAGUUGGAUAUUUGUUCUUACCCAAAUCUCAUGUUGAAAUGUUAUCCCCAAUGUUGGACGUGGGGUUUGGUGGGAGGUGAUUGGAUUACGGGAGCAGAUCCCUUAUGAAUGUCUUAGUUCUUAUAAUAGUGAGUGAGUUAUCAUCAGAAAUGUUAUUUAACAGUGUAACACCUCCCCCCAUCUUGCUACUGCUUUUGCCAUGUGAUGUGUCCUAUCCUGCUUCACCUUUUGCCAUGAGUAAAAACUCCCUGAGGCCUCUUAAGAAGCUGAGCAGAUACCAGUCCAUGCUUUCUGUACAGCCUGCAGAACUGUAAGCCAAUUAAACUUCUUUUCUUUAUAAAUUACACAGUCUCUGGUAUUUCUUUAUAGUGGUGCAAGAAUGGCCUAACACAGGCCUAUUGGGUUUCUGAUGAUAAAUUCACUCUUUGUCUGAUGGAGAUUUCCUUACAUGUUACUUGACACUUUUUUCUUGCUGCUUUUAGGAGUGUUUUUUACUUUUGAUAGUUUAUCUAUAACGCACCUUGGAGAAAACUUUUUAGGUUGAAUAUAUUUGGGGAUUGUUGAGCUUCCUAUAUCUGGAUGUCUGCAUCUCUUGCAAGAGUUGGGAAGUUUUCAGCUAUUAUUUUGUUAAAUAGUUUUUCUCUGCCUUUGCUCAUCUCUUCUCUUUCUAGAACUCAGAAAAUGAAUAUUUCACCACUUUAUUAUAUCUCAUAUGUCACAUUGGCUUUUUUCUUCUUUUUAAAGAUUGUCUGACAGGGUUAUUUCAAAAGAUCUGUCUUCUCAUUUUCAAAAAUUAUUUCUUCACUUGUUCUUGUCUAUUGUUGAAGCUCUUGAUUGUACUUUUAUUUCAUUCAUGGAAUUCUUUAGUAACAGGGAUUCUGUUUUUUAUGGGAUUUAUCUAUCUUUGGCAUUUUCUAUUCAGAUCAGGAAUUUUUUUCUUAUGUCUUUGUAUUGUUCAUGUGUAUUCUCUUUUAUUUAACUGAACUGUUUGAAGACUAUUAUUUUGAAUUAUUUUUGAGGAAUUUCAUAGAUUGUCUUUUAUUUGAAACCCAUUACUGGAAAAUUAUUGUGUUACUUUGCAGGUGUCAUGUUUUCUCGCUUUUUUAUGUUUCUUUUGUCUUUAUGUAGAUAUCUGCACUACUGGUAUUAGUUGUUCGUUUCAAUCUUAUGAAUUAUCUUUUUUUAAAAGAUUUAUCUAUAGUCUUGGUUGGGUAGGAUUCUUUGGCGCUGAUUUUGGGUGAGCACAGAAUCAUAGUUUUCAUAUGAUUUCUUUGGGAUGAGAUGUGGUUGUUAGUGGAGACUAUGGCAAAGCUUUGUUUGGUAUCGUCAUGCCAAGCAGGAUGGUUCUGGGUCACUAGUAGUGGUGACAACAGGCUAGGCAUGCCAAUCCUUAAUCCCUAGGGCUGUGUAUGUGGGGUACCAUCAAUGGUGGUUAUGGGUGUAGAUGAGCCUGUCCUUAGUAUCCAGGAUGGGGUGUAGGGAGUGGUGAGUCAUUUCUCAGGUCACUAGACACUGUGUGGGGGCACGAGUUUCUGUACCAGCUGUGGUAGGUGGAGAGGGCCUGCCCUCAGGCCCCUCAAUGGAGGGUACCCAUAGACAGAAUGGGUUAGCCCCCAGCCCCUGGAUAAUGUAUGUGGGCAUUAUUAGUGGCAGUGGCAGGAGGGAAGAGCCUGUCUGUGUGUGUGCUGAAUGUGACAGGCAGAGCAUACACUUCUGUAGUCCUUCAGACAGCAUGCUCAUGUGCCAGAGGCAGUAGCAAUGAAUGGGGCAGGCUUGUUCUUACCCCACAAUGGCAUGCCUGAGUGCCAGUGGUGGUCAGUGAUGUAGGCCUUUCUUCAGGCCUCAGUAAGUGCAUCAGUGGGCCAGUCCUCAGGUUCCCUGAAUUUGCAUGCAGGUGUGUAGUGGCCCAGCUGCUGGAAGGGAUAGGAUUGCUGUCAUUAGCAGUAACCGCCCAAGGGCAGCUGUAAGGCUAUGGGAAGUGCAAGUUUUGGCUCCUUUUGUCCUGUGGGCAGAUUUUCUAGUGCAUUACACUGCCUAUUAUCUGGAAUGUUGGACACUGUGUAGGCUAGACUGCUGAGAAACCAUCCUCACCACUGGGUCCAGCUGAUGUUGUGUUGCUGUAGACCUCCAUUUGAACAUAGGGGAAUAUCAACAGGGCUCCAGGGAUGUGGAGAUGCAGGGGAUGUUGGGUUCCAGGGCAGGAUGUAGUCUAGCAGGGGCUGGGCUCUCAUAAUUGUACUUGAAUCUCAGUGUGUUUGUGGAACCCAACAUGAACUCUUUCUGGACAAGUGCCAUCAUAUGUACACCAGGCACCUUCCUAUAUGGUCCUCAGGGCCCAUGUAGGCCAAGUUUUUCUUCUGUGGCUAUGAUUGUAGGAGUCCACAUUGAGAAUGUGGACCACUGGGUAUCCCUCUAUUUUCCUUGCAAAAGGGAGUUCUUCCUGGCUCUGAGUCAAUCCCAGCCAGGCCAGCUACUUUGCUUUCUUCUGCUUUUAUACCUCAUAGGUUACCUGUCACUUCUAUAUGGAAUUCUAGUGUUCCAAAGCUCUAAUCAACAUGUGGUUAUCUACUUGCUAUUUGGGUCCAUCUUUGUGGAAAAAGUGAGCCCUGACACCUCCAGCCAGCCAUCUUGAAGCCUGCUUUUUAAAAUUGAUACAUAGUAAUUGCACAUAUUUUCAGAGUACAUGUGAUACUUUGAUACAUCCAUACACUAUGUAAUGAUCAAAUAAGGGCAAUUGGGGUACCUAUCACCUCAAACAAUUAUCAUUCUUUUAUGUGGAGAACAUUUCAAAGCUUCUCUUCUAGCCAUUUUGAAAUAUGCAAUACAGUAUUGUUAGGUAUAGUUGCCCUACUGUGCUAUUGAACAACAUAACUUAUUCCUUCUACUUACCUGAUUUUUUUACCCAUAAACCAACCAUUCUUUAUUCCUCCUCCGCCACUACCCUUCCCCACCUCUGACAUUCACCAUUCUACUUUUUACUUCCAUUAGAUCAAUUUUUUCGCUCCCACAUAUGAGUGAAAACGUGAUAUUUGUAUUGCUGUGCUUGGCUGGUUUUGGUUAACAUACUAUACUCCAGUUCCAUCUGUGUUCCUGCAAAUGAUUGGAUUUUAUUUUUUAAAGAUGAAUAAUAAUCCAUUGUAUACAUAUGCCAUAUUUUUUAAUCCAUUUUACUGUUGAUGGACACUUAGGUUGAUUCUGUAUCUAGGCUGUUGUGAAUAGGGCUGCAAAUAAACAUGGGUGUGCAAAUGUCUCUUUGCUAGACUAAAUUUCGUGCUUUUGGAUAUAUACCCAGCAGUAGAAUUUAUGGAUUGUAUGGUAGUUUUAAUUUCUUUAAGGAACCUCCAUACUGUUUUUCAUAGUGACUGUGCUAAUUUACAUCCCUACCAACAGUGUAGGUGCGUUCCCCUUUCUCUGCAACCUUGCCAGCAUCUCUUAUUUGCUAUCUUUUUAAUAGUAUCAUUUUAACUGGGGUAGAUGAUAUUGAUUUUGUUUUUUAUUUUCAUUUUCCUCAUAAUUAGUAAUAUCAAACAGGUUUUAUAUACCUGUUGGCUGUUUGUCUUUUACUUUAACUGAUACAUAACAAUUGUACAUAUUUAUGUGGUACAUUGUGAUUUAUUGAUGCAUACAUCUAAUGUGUAAUUAUUAAAUCAGGGUAAUUAGAAUAUUUAUUUAUUAUUUAUUUAUUAUGUCAAAUGUAUCUCUUCUUGGUUGGGGAUAUUUCAAAUCUUUUGUAGCUAUUUGGAAAUAUACAAUAAAUUAUUGUUAACUAUAA